AUGGCGCCGGCGGGGCGGUCUCCCGAGUGGCGGGCCCGAGGCCCGGCGGCGCGGGAGCAGGGGGCGCCUCGGGUCGGACCCCAGAGCCCAAGAGGGAAGCGCAGGGCCUGGCGGCCCCGCCACCAGCAAGCCUUCCCCGGCAGCGUCCGCGAGGGACAAGGUUUUGCAUUUCGGAGGAAACUGAAGAUCCAGCAGAAUUACAAGAAAUUGCAAUGGAAGGUAAAGAAGGCACCAACGUCCCAGGAACCCCAGUUCACGGAUCACUACCCAGACCAUCUGAAACACCUCUAUUUAGCUGAAGAAGAAAGACUCAGGAAACAGCGGAGAAAGGUUGGUCAGCCUCCAUCAGAAGAACAAGUUGACCAGCCCGUGCCUGAAGAAGAAUGUAACACUGAACAGACUUUGUCUGAAGAACAGUCUAGUGAUUACCAGCCUCAGCCAGAACAGCUGUGUACACUAAAUUCUGUCACGGUUCCCAAGAAAAAGAAAACUUCAAACCAAAAGGCACAAGAAGAGUAUGAACGGAUACAAGCAAAGCGUGCUGCUAAGAAAUUCGAAUUUGAAACGAGAAAACGAGAACGAGAAGAGGCUCAGAGGCUCUACAAGAAGAAGAAGAUGGAAGCUUUCAAAGUCCUGAGCAAAAAGACUAGAAAGGGCCAGCCAAACCUCAAUCUACAGAUGGAGUAUCUUCUCCAGAAGAUACAAGGGACCAGUUAAAGCCGUGUUAAAUGCUGACUGACUACUGCAUCUGCAUCCGCAUCCUCUUAUGUGUGUAUUGGCAGCACUGAACUGAAUUUGCUGACGUCAGUGGAUUAGUGAAUUACUUUUUUGUUUUUGUAAUACAAAAAAGUUCUCUAUAUUUUUUUUCCACAAUGAAUGACUUUAUCCUGAAGAACUUUAAAAACCAUCCAUGGAAAUUGUAUGAAAUAAACUGUUUUUGGAAUAGGAGGCCCGAGCUGGCGGUGAAGCAUUUCAGUGAUGUGAACGAGUUUCAGUGCAACAGUCAGCUACGGCACUGGGGUCUUGCCUACUGAGAGUUGGGUGCUUGCUCUUGUCUGGCGGUUGUACUAUCCCGAAGGUGCAUUGUAUCCCCUGGCAGUUUGUGGUAGGGUUUCAGCGUUGCUGCCACGUCUCAGGCUGGUCUCAAACUUGGGAUCCUCUUGCCUCUGCCACGAGGGCACUACCGUGCCUGACAGGUUGAAUAGUGUUUAAAUUAAAGUCAUUUUAAUGGUAAAG